GGCAUCACCAGAGUCGCUUGCAGCAUCGUUGCUACGCAUCUAUUGCUGCAGAAAUAUGGCCAGCCAGACCCAGGGAAUUCAGCAGCUGCUGCAGGCAGAGAAGAGGGCUGCAGAGAAGGUGGCAGAGGCUCGAAAACGAAAGGCCAGGCGGCUGAAGCAGGCCAAGGAAGAAGCCCAAGCUGAAAUUGAGCAAUAUCGCUUGGAACGGGAGAGAGAAUUCCAGCAAAAACAACAGGCGGCGCUGGGCUCGCAGGGGAAUCUGUCCGCAGAGGUGGAGGCUCAGACCCGCAAAAAACUACAAGCUAUGCACGGAGGGCAAGCUCGGGGCAAGGACCAGGUUUUGCGCCACCUUCUCACUACUGUAUGGAAUGUGCAGCCCCAAAUUCACCCCAAUUACCGCCUGGCUGUCUAAAGGGCCUAGUGCCCCUGCCUGCAGUUGAUUGGUGGACUUCUGAUGUGCUCCUUAUUCUCAACACGAUACGCUUUAGAUGCCCAAAUACCCAAGUCCCCUAUUUCCUCCCUAUAUCUUCACUGAA